CGAAACGCGUCAAGAGACGACUCAAGCUAGUGGACGCGUUGACUUCGCGGACUCGUACAGCAGCCCAGAAAGCACCAUGGCAAGUGAAACUUUGAGCAUCGACAAGAGCGAGGCUGUCGCUGUCGGUCCGUGCAACUCCGAGUCCGCAGCUCCUUCUGUGAAGGUCGCUACGGUCUCUCAAAAGAAGACGAAGAAAUCCAAGACCAAGGUGAAAGCGGUAGUUGCGGCGGUUGCUGCAACUCAGGAGCUGAAUGAGGCUGAUUCUAUGAGCAACUUAACUGUGGAUCAUCCGUAUCUGAGCGUGUUGUACAAGCGCAUCCGUUCGCACCGUAAGAAGCUCGAGAAGAUCAAAAGUCUGGAGGUGGCGCAACUUAAGGAUGGUAAGAAGCCCAAUGCCCAGCAACUGGAGCUUAUGAGCAACAAGGCAACGCUCGAGAAGCUCGUAGCGGAGUUGGAGAUGCUCCGUGAGCAGUUUAUUGGAGUCUACAGCGAAGAAUUGGAGAAGAAGAAACAGCAGGAGGCCGAGGAAGCUGCUGCUGCUAUCGCUGAACCGGAGGAGGAGAAGGAGGAGGAGAGUGAUCGGGUUGCAAAGGAGGAAGAAACCGUGAUGGAAACUGAACAGGAGACUCAGGAGGUCCAGGAGAACGUGGAGACGGUUGAGGAGGUUACGGAGCAGGGCUUUGCCAAUGUAUACGAGCUACUAAAGACUCUGCACGUGGUGAACUUGCAUCAAGCGUUGGGUAAGGAAGUCCCGAUGGUACUGGACUUCUUCUCCAAGGUUCUGCUGGGCAACACCCGCCCGCCUGCCGAGUUGUCAUACGAGGAGAACUUGAUGGAGUCGCUGGAGGAGGCCAAGAAGUACCUGACGGACAGUGAAAAGAUCUUUGCGUGUGAUACGACGUACAGUGGAUUGAGGGCGUUUGUGGACCAGUUGGCAAACAUCUCGGAUAAGUCUGACAAGGAAGUUAAGGAGGAAGAAGAAGCAGAGAAGUCCAAGGAGGAACUGGUAGAGGACGUUAUCGAGGCUGGCGAGACGUCAGACUCUCCUGUCGUUCCUGCUGAGAUCAACACGAUGCCACAGAUCAGCUUCUUCACCGAGUCGCAGCUCGAAUCAGAGCACGGAGACGAUGCUACAGAGGAAACGGAGCAGGUGGAGGUGACGGAACCGCAGGUGACUGAGGCUCAGAACGAGCCUGUGGAGGAGAUUAGCGAGAGUAACGAGACUCAGAGUGAAGAGCAGAUUGAAGCGUCUACUGCAGGGUCAAUUCCUGCUCCGCCGCUGUCGUUUGCUGCGGUUACUGCUGGAGUGACUAGCGAGCGUACGCCUUCGCCGUCAGCUUCGUCGGAUUCAUCUGGCAAUGACAAGAAGGGAUCUGGCAACAGUCCGAACAAGAACUCACGUCGUCGUGGUCAGGGUCGCUGGAGAGAGAAGAGUAGUAAUAGUAGUAGUGGCAACAAGUCUGGAUCUCCUACUAAUGGAGGCAAGCCACGCCGUCCUCGUGCGCCACGCACGAACGAGAACAGCAACGUCCAAGGAGGCAAGCGCAGCGGAUCGAAGGAGAACAGACGUCCGCGUAUCGACCGUGGACUGCGGAAGCAGGGCAAUUCGCCGCAGCAGCUCUCGAUGCCCAUGAUUGCCCCGCACGCAUAAGGAAAGGAGACCAGACAGAAGCGGGAGCGUUUGGAUGAUAAUUGUCUAGCGCAAGCAGACCAAUGAACACUUGCUGAAAUUUGUACUCCAUGAGGGUACACGGAGGAAAAAGUAGUGAAGUAGUGGUGGAGCACCCGCAGAUGUGAUAAAUGGUUCAAAGUGAAAUCUUUUGAUUUUUUGAAAGCGGCUAGUCUGCUCUGUGUAGUUCACAGCACUGAAGCGUGGUAAUCGGGAAAUGAGGACUCGCAUAGCGGGCGCUACUCAUGCACGCUGGAUAAUUUAUGGACGAUGUGUAUUGGUCCAUGUAUUAUCCAUGUUUUUCCAUGUAUCGGUCGGUAAUUUAUUCAAGUGUUUCAACUGUGAGUAAGUCUUCAACUGUGAUUUGGGUGGUGGUGGCCGUGGACAGAGGAUAGAAACGAGUUUAAUGCAAAAGGCUUAUUUCUCUUGCCCAGCUUAAUGUUUAGAAGCUACUCCUUGCAGGCUAGGCAACGAAUGAAACGAUAGACGUGGCAAGCCGAGGAUAUGUCGGAUAGAUGAAGGCAG